AACUGACGAUCUGUCAAACGAUCUGUUUUGCUAUCUAAUAGCAUUCCAGCCUAUGUGACUUGUCUUGAUAGUGGCUGCAACUCUUUUAUUUUACACUCGUACAUAACGGCCAUAAGAUCCAGAUUUAAUCUCUUCCACUACCCCUAUUUCAGGUCCCAGCACAUACAGCUCUCUCUCUCUCCUAUCAUCCAGUAUAUUUUGAUGGUAUCAGCUCAGUCCAAGAUCCACGACGCUUACAAUAUCAAUGUAAACUCCGCCAAGAGCGGAGGGGCUCGCCGCCAGGAGCUAGUCUCGAACGCGAAUGGCUUAUUCAACCAAGUGAACACCAACUUCCAACCACAAACAAAACAACCCCAGUCAAAGCCAAAGUUUAAACCCGUGUCUCCCAAAAAGAAGCUUUCUUCUAGCCAGGCCUACUUUGAGUCGCCCUCCUCCUCCCGGACCAGUCGCCCCAUUUCAAGACCGGACUCCCCGCUAUUGAGAACCACACCCGCAGGAAUUUGCAAGAUUCAGCGCGAACCGUACUCGCAGUCCCGUCUUGCAAGUAUCUUCACCUUCAUCAUCAUCCUUGUCCCCACCGCUAUUGAAGUCCUAUCGCCACACCUCAACCACAGUGAUUUCUCUCUAGCACACCAUCGCCACCUCCCCGCUUACUCGAAGCUCCUUAUUGACAUGAUCAUGCUUGUGCUUGUAAGCUGGCUUGUAAAAUUUCUCAUGGAAUGGCCCUGGUUCUGGUUCGAGCGGGUCAAAGUCGCACAGUCCCAGUGGCAGCUCACCGCGGAGACAUGGGCUGAGGAGAUCCGUUUACCCCAGCAGGACCACGAACACAGCAUGCAUGUGACUCCCCACAACCCGUACCACAAACGUCUCUCCAACCUCCAGAUGGCCCGAUACACGGCCUUCUGUCUGUGUGUGGCCGGUCCGUUUCUCGGCGCCUAUCUCAUGGUGGCCUCCCGGCAGCAUUUCGUCAUCGAGCGCUACCGCCAGACAAGUGAAAGCGUCGUUUUCAAUGACUUCAAUGUGGUGCUUUUCCUCACGUGGGGGGCCAUCCGCUUUAUUCGCCAGUUGACCAAGACCGUGGAAGAAAACACGACCCAACGCGAUUCGGAGAUCGGAUGAAUAUGUAAAUGCGGGAUGUUGCAAAUCACAUGAUUAACACUGUAUUCAAUCUGUGUGUGGUUGGCGGGGAGAAUCAAGGUGCAGCUACAAUUAUUGGAGGGUUUGGCAUAAUUUCGGUGUGUUGGUUUGGGGUACCAGUUUAUGGCUUGCGCAUUGGAGAUUAAGAGAAAUUUCUGUGAAAGAGAAGGAAAACUGGAAACCCCUCAUAAGCAAUA